AUGGAGCUGCUGUCGCCACCGCUCCGCGACGUAGAUUUGACGGGCCCCGACGGCUCUCUCUGCAACUUUGCAACAGCGGACGACUUCUAUGAUGACCCGUGUUUCGACUCCCCGGACCUGCGCUUCUUCGAGGACCUGGACCCGCGCCUCGUGCACGUGGGCGCGCUCCUAAAGCCCGAGGAACACUCGCACUUCCCUGCCGCAGCGCACCCGGCCCCGGGAGCUCGUGAGGACGAGCAUGUGCGCGCGCCCAGCGGGCACCACCAGGCGGGCCGCUGUCUACUGUGGGCCUGCAAGGCGUGCAAACGCAAGACCACUAACGCCGACCGCCGCAAGGCCGCCACCAUGCGCGAGCGGCGCCGCUUGAGCAAAGUCAACGAGGCCUUCGAGACUCUCAAGCGCUGCACGUCUAGCAACCCGAAUCAGCGGCUGCCCAAGGUGGAAAUCCUGCGCAACGCCAUCCGCUAUAUCGAAGGCCUGCAGGCGCUGCUUCGCGACCAGGACGCCGCGCCCCCUGGCGCUGCAGCGGCCUUUUACGCGCCUGGCCCGCUGCCCCCGGGCCGAGGCGGAGAGCACUACAGCGGUGACUCAGACGCAUCCAGCCCGCGCUCCAACUGUUCCGACGGCAUGAUGGAUUAUAGCGGCCCCCCGAGCGGUGCCCGGCGGCGGAACUGCUACGACGGCACCUAUUACAGCGAGGCGCCCAGCGAACCCCGGCCCGGGAAGAAUGCUGCGGUGUCGAGCCUCGACUGUCUGUCCAGCAUCGUGGAGCGCAUCUCCACCGAGAGCCCCGCCGCGCCCGCGCUUCUGCUGGCGGACACGCCGCGGGAGUCGUCUCCGGGCCCGCAAGAGGCGGCCGCCGGGAGCGAGGUCGAGCGCGGCACCCCCACCCCUUCCCCGGACGCCGCCCCGCAGUGCCCCGCGAGCGCGAACCCCAACCCUAUCUACCAGGUGCUCUGA